UUUGCCCCUUCCAACAUUUUGUUUAAGAGAAAAUGAGAUGUCUAUCUUCUGUUUCCUUAUUUUUUUUCAGGAAAGCAAAGGGUUGUUGACUUCCUCCCUCUCCCCUCCCUUCCUUCCUUCUUCCCGAAGGUACUCAUCUGAGAAAAAGAGAACGAAGUAUUGUUCCUGUUCUCUUUCUUAAGUCAUUUGAACACUGUCCCUGCGAGUUCUUUAAGUUCCCUGCAAUCUGUACACAAGACAAGGAGGGAGAGAGAGAGGGAGAGAGACAGAGAGGCAAGGGAUCAGGUAAAGCACGGGGGCUGCUGCAGCCAUUGAGACUCAGGAGCUGGAAAAUUGCCAAGGAUGCAGAAGGAAAUGAAGAUGGUCAAAGACGAGGGUGUGCAUUUCAGUUUGGGUGCAAAGAGGGCCCCCUCCUUCCCCCACGGCCUGCAGCCAGUGGUUUCCCGAGGAAGAGCUCCUCCAAGACACCCAUUCCCGGAAGCUCUCCGGGGGCCAUUUUCCCAGUUCCGGUAUGAGCCUCCUCCAGGAGACCUAGACGGAUUCCCGGGGGUCUUUGAAGGAGGAGGGUCUCGCAAACGGAAGAGCAUGCCCACCAAGAUGCCCUAUAACCACCCCUCGGAAGAAGCGGCUCUUGCCCUGCACCCGGAGGAGAGCAAGAACCCCGGGCCCCCGGAACUCCACCUGCUCUUCCCGCCGCCGCCGCCGCCGCCGCCGCCACGGCCCAAGUACGACUCGCGGAUGAUCGACCUGUGCAACGUGGGCUUUCAGUUCUACCGCAGCCUGGAGCACCUGGGGGGCAAGGCCGUCAAGCAGGAGCCCGUGAAGCCCAGCGCCACGUGGGCCGCGCCCCCUCCGUUCCUGCCCACGCCCUACCCCUAUUACCCCAAAGUGCCCCCGGGCCUCGUGUUCCCCUUCUUCGUGCCCUCGGCCUCGCCCUUCCCCUUCAGCCGGCACGCCUUCCUGCCCAAGCGGCCCCCGGAGCCGCUGCUGCCCCGCAAAGCCGAGCCGCGGGAGAGCGAGGAGACCAAGCAGAAGGUGGAGAGGGUGGACGUGAACGUGCAGAUCGACGACAGCUACUACGUGGACGUGGGCGGCGCGCAGAAGCGCUGGCAGUGCCCCACCUGCGAGAAGUCCUACACCUCCAAGUACAACCUCGUGACCCACAUCCUGGGCCACAGCGGCAUCAAGCCGCACGCGUGCAGCCGCUGCGGGAAGCUCUUCAAGCAGCUCAGCCACCUGCACACGCACAUGCUGACCCACCAGGGCACGCGGCCCCACAAAUGCCAGGUGUGCCACAAGGCCUUCACCCAGACCAGCCACCUGAAGCGCCACAUGAUGCAGCACAGCGAGGUGAAGCCGCACAACUGCCGCGUGUGCGGCCGGGGCUUCGCCUACCCCAGCGAGCUCAAGGCCCACGAGGCCAAGCACGCCAGUGGGCGGGAGAACAUCUGCGUGGAGUGCGGCCUCGACUUCCCCACCCUGGCCCAGCUGAAGAGGCACCUCACCACGCACCGCGGCCCCAUCCAGUACAGCUGCUCCGAAUGCGACAAGACCUUUCAGUACCCGAGUCAGCUGCAGAACCACAUGAUGAAGCACAAGGACAUCCGGCCCUACAUCUGCUCCGAGUGCGGCAUGGAGUUCGUGCAGCCCCACCACCUCAAGCAGCACUCCCUCACGCACAAGGGCGUGAAGGAGCACAAAUGCGGGAUCUGCGGGCGGGAGUUCACUCUGCUGGCCAACAUGAAGAGACACGUGCUAAUCCACACCAACAUCCGCGCCUACCAGUGUCACCUGUGCUACAAGAGUUUCGUGCAGAAACAGACCCUCAAGGCGCACAUGAUCGUCCACUCGGAUGUGAAGCCCUUCAAAUGCAAGCUGUGUGGGAAGGAAUUCAACCGGAUGCACAACCUAAUGGGCCACAUGCACCUGCACUCUGACAGCAAGCCCUUCAAGUGCCUCUACUGCCCCAGCAAGUUCACCCUGAAGGGGAACCUGACACGCCACAUGAAAGUGAAGCAUGGGGUCAUGGAGCGGGGCCUCCACUCUCAAGGUUUUGGAAGGGGGAGAGUUGCCGGGGCGCAGACGGCGGGGGGCCUGAGGAGCCUGCAGCAGGAGGAACCCUUCGACCUGUCCCAGAGGCGUCGGGCCAAGGGGCCAGCCUUCCAGCCGGAUGUGGAGAGCGCCAGGGGCAGCUCCUGCCACGAGGAGGACGACGACGACAACUGCUGCGAGGCGGGGCGGGACAGCCCGGGCCUCGGCCCCCGCAGCCCCCCGCUCUGCGCGCCGCAGGACCUGUCCGCCAAGGCCGACCCGGGCCCCAGGGCGGAGGCGCAGGCGGGGGAGGACGCGCCGCAAGGGGACCUCCAGCCGAAGAGCCGGGCCAGCCCCGGGCCCGAGGGCGUCCGGGAGAGAGAGUUUGCCCGCAGAGACGAGUGUCCCGGCCUCCUCCGGGCCCUGCAGAGCGCUCGGCGGGGCCCCUCCUUUUCUGAUUACUUGUACUUCAAGCACAGAGAUGAGAGUUUAAAAGAAUUACUGGAGAGGAAAAUGGAAAACCAAGCAGUGCUUUUAGGGAUCUAAGUGGACGGUUUAAAAAUUACACUUGGAGAAUGAGCACUAGGCUGUGCAAGUACAGCUUUCCGCAUGAGCUCUCGUUUGCUGGAGGCGGAGAAGGGCACGAAUCUUUACAAAUGGCUCAGACUAAGUGAGCAGGGAUGUCCUCACUCACGUAAAUGCUUCUCAGGUCAUUCAUUGGGCCCUUGAUUUUUAACACACAUGCAAGGUCUUCUUCAGUGUUAUUUCGUGGAUCUCCAGUGUAAUAAACUGUACAUAUUCUUCUAGACAUCUAACUGUAAGCUGAUGCCGAGGUGCUUUUAGAAAUUAUAUCUUCCAUUGACUAAUACGGUAAAUUUCUUUCUAGUUGCAAAAAUAUGGUGCUUGACAUGUUACCUUAUUAAUGACUCUUUAGUUGAAUGUGUAAAAGGUAUAAUAUUUUUCCAGAUAGAUGAAAAUAUGAGUAGUUGUAUAUAGUUUAAAAUUUGCUAUAUUAAAUAAUCAAAAAACGCCAGAAAUGACACAGGAGGGUGAGUUAUUGAAGAGGACGUUCUCAAGUAGUUGCUGCAGAUAUAAGAUAACAUUUCAAGAGAAUAAGAAUAAUUUUGACUAAGGAAAAAAAACAGCAAUACUUAGAUUCCUGCCUGGGUCUGCCUCAUUUGGCUUCUGCUAACCUUCAUCAGAUGUGGCAUUUGGAGCAUAUUUUCAGAUAGCCCGCCAGUGCUCAGCGUCUGCAGGCUAACCCCGUGUCCUGAGCAGAGCUCCCUCCUGGAGACCUUGCUCGAGGCUUCGUGCCCCGUAAAGCAGCUGCAGGAAGAGUUGUCACCCCACGAGCAGUGGAUUUCUCCUCAGUGCUGGAGCUGGGUGGGGGGGAGGAACUCUCCCUGAAAUUUAAGCUCUAACUUAUUUAGAGUAUUAGAAUAACCAUAGGCUAAUCACUAGUAAAGGAUUUUCUGGGCUGUAUUCUCAAUGCUACCUGAACAUUAGAAUCAUCUCAGGGAGCCUUUUAAAACAUACCAACGCUGGGGCCUGACACCCUGAGGUCCUGAUUUAAUUGGUCUAGGGUGGAGCUCUAGCACUGGUUAUUUUCCAAGUUGCCCCAGAUGACUCUUCUGUGCAGCCAGGGUUGAGAAAGAUUGACUAGGCUGAAAUAGUGGCUCCCAAGACCCCCUCCCAGGCACUCCAUAAAUAUUUCAGCUUCUGGCUUUAGACUCAUUAAGAUAGAAAGCAGGAAACCUUGAAAUCAUACUGCUGACUUAGGCCUUUUUACCUGUUCUGUAAGAGCCUCACGAGAGGAAACACACACACACACACACACACACACUGUAUAAACACACACUUUUUGUACUAGAAAUGAUGCCUGUGUUGCUUAUGGUCACUUAAUGUUUAAAAAUACAUAGCCAGCCUAUAGUGACUAAUUAUUUCUUCCUAGAUGUGUGAAUCGUGAGUCCAGUGAGUGGCAGUGACUGUCAAGGGUGGGUCGAGCCCCACAGGUAGGCUUCCCUUAGGCACCGGCGUCUGACGAAUAAAGCAGUGCUGACAGGAUGUCACAUAUGUGUGACUGACCAUAAGCAGUGACCCUCUGGUACUGUGUCUGUGUUUAUGUAAAAACUGGCCCUUGGUAGUUUCAACUCGUAUUUGUAGAGCUAGGUACUGUUUAUUAUUUGCUUCUUCUCCUCCCAAAGUUACCAGUACAUUUCUUUAGACGACCUGGCCCAUCUCUGCCUGUGGAAUGCUGGCUUUUUCUCUUGGCCAAGGUGCUUCCCCGUCAGCCUCAUCUAGUUCUUGUCAGUCACACGUGCGCUUUGUCAUUCCCUGAUGCGUUCCUCCGGCUGCCUUGCUUAAGCCUCCUUCGCCCAGCCUCACCACCACUACAACGUGCCAAAGCUGCUUGUGUUGGCUACUGCCAUCUAUGCCCCAAGGUCAGAGCACCUGCAAAGGGGAUGGUGAAGGGAAGAGUGUGGUUUUCUGCGGUUACCAGCACAACUCUGGGCCAAGAAUCCAUCCAGAUCUUCAUAGGGGCAAUUUGCCUUCCAUCCAUUAUUUUUAAUACAGCUCAUCAGUGCCUCUGAUGACAUCACUCAGAGGCUGGCAGAGUGUUCUGUGAGGCCUCCUCCUAGGGUCCUGUUACAUAUUCAUUCUUUCAGCAGCAAGGUGUUGAGGACCUGCUACAAAGGCUGCAGAUUUCCAGUUUGUUCUGGGUGUGCGGAGCUGGAAUAGGAACUAGAAAAACUAGAAUAGCAAGCUGUAGACUUUUCCACCCAAAACGAAUCACGUGGGAAUGUUUGAGGAACAAGUUAAUGUUGAGAUGGAAAGAGUAUGGUCUAGAAUGCUGGUUUCCACAUUGUGUGCCGAGAAGCAAGAGGUCCCUCUUAGGCCCUUCUAGAGCUGCCAGGGGAGGGAAAAUUCUCAACCCAUAUCCCCACUUCACUCAGAGCGGCUCAAAUUCCAUCUGUUUUAUGUGUUAGGCUUCCAAGUAAAAUUUCAUUUGGAGGAAGAGAAAAGGGUCUAGGAAAAGUCAUAAAAAAUUGUUAUGGAAUGUAUUCUAAAGCCUGUUUUUCAUUCUUGACUCUGGAUAUGAGAGACUUAAUUAGAUAUAACCCACUGGUUCAUAUGCACUGACCUUCUGAGAACCAAGGCUAAAACCUUGGUUUUGUAUGUGAGCAACAUCCUGGUUGGCCUGGGACAACCCGGGCUUAUACCUGUUGUCCCCAGGUAGUUACUAAGAGUGUCACCUUAACUCUCAAUAGUGUUCCAGUUUGGGGGCUUCCCUGGUGGCGCAAUGGUUGAGAGUCCGCCUGCCGAUGCAGGGAACACGGGUUCGUGCCCCGGUCCGGGAAGAUCCCACAUGCCGCGGAGCGGCUGGGCCCGUGAGCCAUGGCCGCUGAGCCUGCGCGUCCGGAGCCUGUGCUCCGCAACGGGAGAGGCCACAACAGUGAGAGGCCCGCGUACCGCAAAAAAAAAAAAGGCACCCUAUGCAUUAAGUGCAGAGCUAAGGGAAGGGUUGGCCAACCUUGCCUAGAGCUAAUUAACCAGGAUGCAAGUCUGAAAGAGAAGCCAUGAGGCCAUCCUCAAGAGAAUUAAGGGAGGAAACCAUCCAAGGUCAUCAGCAAUCCCAGGACCAGGAUAGCAUGAAAUCCAUCACAUUGUGACACUCUGAAAAUAGGUCACUACCAAAUGCUUUCCAGGCUUUUGACCACUGUCUUUGAACCAACCAACUGACCCAGCCAACUGGCAUAUUUUUCUUUUAUCCUUCUUAUUCCGGCCUAUGAUUACCCCCUGUUGUUGCCUUUCAACUCAUUCUCUCUUUUUAAAAAUUUGACUCCCCACUGGCCAUGAGACUGAGGCUGACUUUCCAUGACCCCAGAAGGGUAACUGGUAUAUUUGUAUGUGAGUAGUUACAUGAGACAACCCAAUGUGCAUACUGUAUUUAUUAAGCCCUGAGGGCAUUUAAUAAAAUAUUAACAUCGUGUUUUGAAUUAUGAUCUUUGUCUGCUUUGCUGGAACAAAAUGUAACAGAGCUAACAUUUAAAAUCCUUCACAUAUUUGGACAACAUUACACCAAAUGUUGAUUUUGUACAGAAUUCUGGCUUGCUAUUUAAAAAUAAAACUCAAAGUGUGUAGCAACCCAAGUUGUGAAUAUUGCUUUCUUGUACA